CGGCUUUGCCAGUGGCGGCUCUGAUUACGAUCAGCGGAACCGGCGCGGAGAAGAGAGCGGCGCGGAGGCCCGCGAAGCAGAGGAGCAUCCCUGAGUCCCGGUGGUAGCAGGCGGCUUGGCCCGCGGGUCAUGGCCAAAGGAGAGGGCGCCGAGAGCGGCUCCGCGGCGGGACUGCUGCCCACCAGCAUCCUCCAAGCCGGUGAACGGCCGGCCCAGAAGGAACCCAAGAAGAAGCAACAGUUGUCGAUUUGCAGCAAGCUCUGCUAUGCCGUUGGGGGGGCCCCCUACCAGGUGACAGGCUGUGCCUUGGGGUUCUUCCUGCAGAUCUACCUGUUGGAUGUGGCUCAGGUGGGCCCCUUAUCUGCCUCCAUCAUUCUGUUUGUGGGACGAGCUUGGGAUGCUAUCACGGACCCCCUGGUGGGUUUCUUCAUUAGCAAAUCCUCCUGGACCAGCCUGGGCCGCCUUAUGCCCUGGAUCAUCUUCUCCACACCCCUGGCCAUCAUCGCCUACUUCCUCAUCUGGUUUGUGCCUGACUUCCAGUGGGGCCAGGCUCUGUGGUACCUGGUUUUCUACUGCCUCUUUGAGAUGCUGGUCACGUGUUUCCACGUUCCCUACUCAGCUCUCACCAUGUUCAUCAGCACGGAGCAGAGUGAGCGAGAUUCUGCCACCGCCUACCGGAUGACUGUGGAGGUGCUGGGCACGGUGUUGGGGACGGCCAUCCAGGGGCAGAUUGUGGGUCAAGCAGAUACGCCUUGUCUUCAGGACCACAACAGCUCUGGGAUGGCUUCAGUUGCUGCCAACCGCACACACAGCACCUCCGCCGUGCUCAAGAAAACGCAAAAUGCAUACCUGUUGGCAGCAGGGGUCAUUGCCUCCAUCUAUGUCAUCUGUGCUGUCAUCCUGACCCUGGGCGUGCGGGAGCAAAGAGAGCCCUCCGAGGCCCAACAAGCUGAACCCAUGUCCUUUUUCCGGGGCCUCCGGCUGGUCAUGAACCAUGGCCCAUAUGUCAAGCUCAUUGCCGGCUUCCUCUUCACCUCCUUAGCCUUCAUGCUGGUGGAGGGGAACUUCGCCUUGUUUUGCACCUACACCCUGGGCUUCCGCAACGAAUUCCAGAAUCUCCUCCUGGCCAUCAUGCUCUCGGCCACAUUGACCAUCCCCUUCUGGCAGUGGUUCCUCACCCGCUUUGGCAAGAAGACCGCCGUGUACAUUGGGAUCUCAUCAGCAGUGCCGUUUCUCAUCUUGGUGGCCCUCAUGGAGAGUAACCUGAUUGUCACGUAUGUGGUAGCAGUGGCAGCCGGCAUCAGUGUGGCCGCUGCCUUCUUGCUGCCUUGGUCCAUGCUGCCUGAUGUCAUUGAUGACUUCCAUCUGAAGCAGCCCCAGUCCCAUGGCACUGAGCCCAUCUUCUUUUCCUUCUACGUCUUCUUCACCAAGUUUGCCUCGGGAGUCUCGCUGGGCAUCUCCACUCUCAGUCUUGAUUUCGCUGGGUACCAGACCCGCGGCUGCUCCCAGCCGAGGAGGGUCAAGUUUACACUGAAGAUGCUGGUGACCAUGGCGCCCAUUGUCCUUAUCCUGCUGGGCCUGCUGCUCUUCAAGCUGUACCCCAUUGACGAGGAGAGGCGGCGGCAGAAUAAGAAGGCCCUGCAGGCUCUGAGGGACGAGGCCAGCAGCUCAGGCUGCUCCGACACAGACUCCACAGAGCUGGCCAGCAUCCUCUAGGGCCUGCUGUGGGUCCUGAAGUCACCAUGCACAAGGCCUGGGUCACCAGGCCGCACAGGGGCCACAGGUUGCUCGUCCAUUCACUGAACAGCUAACACCAGGUGCCAGGAAGGAAGCCGAAGACUCAGGAGGGAGCAGCCCAACACACCUUCAGUGCCUAAUAUGGAGCAGGUGGUCCAACUGCCUGCUUCCCUCUGCCAGCCCACAGGCUGCUACUGUGAAUAUGCCAAGGGCUGCUCGGGCCUAGCCCGUAACACUAAUAUAGAAACAUUUUAUACAGAGACUAAUUAAUAACUUAAUGACUGUAUAUAGUAGUAUGUUUGUAUGUAUAUGUCUGUGAGCUAUUAAUGUUAUUGAUUUUCAUAAAAACUGGAAAAUGGG